UAGAUGUCGCAUGAAAGGAAACCAUAGACGCCUGGGACUUUUGCCAAUAAAAAUGAGGUAUUUCCUGUACGAUUAUUGUUAAAAACAAUGUCGUGACCCUUCUCAAAUCUACAGUGUGCGAAGGGGUAGGACAAGCCAUGUCGGAUGUCCAGCCCCUUAUCGGCCUCCUGGAGGUCCUGCUGCAGUUAUCAUGCCCCAAGCCUCGAGUGAAACCUGGAGGGUAUAGUGAUGAUAUAUUUCUUGAUCUCACAGAGGAAGAAAAGGAAGCUUAUGAAUGUUCAAUUUGCUACCAAGUCCUAAAGGAACCACAAAAAUGUCGGAACAAUCAUCAGUAUUGCUACUCGUGUAUCUACACAUGGACCACGAGUUCCCCGGAAGCCAAUCAUGGACGAUGUCCCGUGUGUCGAGUUGACGGUCCGUAUCGGAAACACAAUGAACUAGACGAAAUAAUUGGAAAUAAACAAGUUAAAUGCAAUUUAAAAUCUUGCAACUGGAAAGGAACUUUAAAGUCACUUGGAGGACACCGACACACCACAUACACAAGGACUGGUCUGCCAUAUAGACCGACAAAUAGGGUACGUGUUGAUGAGGAUUUACCGGCGAUUACAGACAGACGAACACCGUCGGUUAGUGACACGCCUAGAUCAAUGACAAACGCUCGUGCCAGUGGUGUUGCACGAAGACAUAACUCAAAUUCUAGUAGGAAUAGUAUAGUUGAAUCGUCUCCUUUUACGCCUAGACCACCAUCUUCGACACGCCCUCAAGGACAGGGGCAAGGACAAAGGCGCAUUCCUACUCUUCCAAGUAUAGUAAAUCAGAACUCUGAUAGGAGAACUGCACAGGGUAGAACAACUGCUGCCAGGCGGAACACUGGUACAAACACUCAAAAUGGCAGCUUUCAAGGAGGAAACGUCAAUAUUCGAGAUAGGUUAAGGGACAGUAGAAAUCGGUUGGAUGCAAUGAUGACCAGUUUUGCAUCAGAACUUGACAGAGGUCGUAGAGACAUUGCUGAUUUUCAACAUGAGAGAGAACGUCGGAGGCAAGAACAAUUACAGGAAGUUCGAGAUCUAGGCAGACGUCUUGGUCAUGUGGCACAGGAACUGCGCGGACUUUUAGAACGCAGACGACAGAUGAGUGGGGAUUCUUCUUCCUCCGACGAUGAAAACUUUUGAAACUGGAAAUAAACGGAAGAAAAAAUGCAUUCUAUACAUUCUGUGAUAAAUUUUGUGAUAUCAGAGUUUCGUAAAAUUAGUUUUCUGCAUUAGAUAGUAAAUCAAUUUUUUUAAUAUCUAACAGUAGUUAUUUUCAUUAAUUGUAAUUUAUGUGUUGUCAAGUCUCAGUUUAAUAUGCCAGGGAGCAACAACAUAGAAGACAAAAUAGAAUUUACAAAAAACGUGGAUUCAGAAUAACAAAGAUUUAAAACUGAGAAAAUUUCAUUUCAAAUUUCAAAUGUGAAUGUCAAACAUAAAAGUAAACGUCAAAGACUGGAUGAAAACAGAAGUGGCUUUUGGAAUGUUUGCUGCUCUGUUUCAAAUAACAAGCUUUUUAAAGGACUGUCAUAAAUAAGUAGUAAAAUUCCCUCGAUAUAGUUCAUAAAAAUGUAAAAUUGGCUCCAUUUUCUUGCAAAAACUAUUAAAAUAACGAGGAUCGAUAAGAUUUUCAAAAAUUUACUUUUAAAUCAUGAGCAAUAAAAUGUGAAAAAGAUUGAAAUGGCACGUCACAUAUAAACCAGAGAUUUCCAAAUAACUUAUAUGGAGUAAAAAGGAGAAUUAUUAAAGCCAACAUUCUUAAAGCUAAUUCUGUUAGUUAUCCGUGCACAAUCAAUAACUUACGCAUACAAUUGGGACACAUUAUUCCUGUAUGUACAAACAAAAGGACACAUUUACCAAAUGUUUUAUUUAUAUAUUUUCUGCAGUAGUUGUUUAAUAUAAAAAUCAUCCAGUGCUUGAACAUUCGUGUAUAGUUGUAUGAUAAAUUUACAACUGUUGCUUGCUUAGAAAUAUCAUGCAAAAAAGGAAUAGUUGAUAAAUUAUUUGAUGAGUAUUUGAUUUCGUUCAAAGCCCCCAUACUUACCGCGCUUGUUUUGUAACGGGCGAGCGUUGAAACCAGUACUAAUGCACUGUACCGGAUAAAUAACUUAAUUUUCAUAUUUCAUUUUCCCAUAUUUUGUACAUGUAUUAUAUAUACAUAUUGUUUUAUUUUGUUAUAACUUAUCAAUAAACAUUAUUUUUUGG